GCAUGAAACAGCAAAACCUGACGGUAACAAAUGUCGCUACAACACCAGUUCUGUCUGUUGAAGCAUGUCAGAGUCUCACAGCGCCAUCUGCCGGUGAGGCGUACGUUUACAGCGGAAAAGGGAGCAAGGGUGGGGCCAGGAAAUGAAAUACUCGCAAUCUUUCUCCCCAUUGGUUAGUCUCCCACCUUAUGAAAACAUUUUCUCGUAACGCCAUUGGCUCUUGCACUCAACGAUUUGUAUUUGAUUGGUUGAAAACGAUACGGUUUGCAUCAGCUGAGGUGUCGACGAUUCUGUUGGUUCCCGGUGCUGUGAGUAGAAGGACCGAAGGGGCCGGGCCCACACUGGAAAGAAAUGGCGAGCAUGGUCACCGAGAACGGGUGUGGAGUAGCAGCGGAGACCGCACAGCCGCAGGGACCGGGUCAUGGCACGGUCAGAUGGGGUCCACAGCACGCCGGUGCCCGAGAACUGGCUAGCCUGUACUCGCCAGGCAAAAGAUGUCAAGAAUGGAUCAGUGUCGUCCUGUGCUUCUCUCUCAUGGCCUUCAACUUUAUUCACCUUCUUGCCAAUUUCCAUCUGGGACAUGUGUGGUACCUACAGUUGGGCAUUGUGGCCGGAAUACUCACGGCUGACUUCGCGUCAGGAUUUGUACACUGGGGGGCUGACACGUGGGGUUCAGUGGAUCUACCCAUCUUUGGAAAGGCUUUUAUACGCCCAUUCAGAGAGCACCACAUCGACCCCACAGCCAUCACCCGUCACGACUUCAUCGAGACCAACGGUGACAACUGCAUGCUAACAAUAUUCCCUCUUGCAAACAUGGCCUUCAACUUUUUCACCCUGUCCCCUGCGGAGAUUUACCAUAUCUACCCAUGGUACUGCUACCUGUACGCACUGGCCAUCUUUGUGACCCUCACCAACCAGAUUCACAAGUGGUCGCACACGUACUUUGGCCUUCCUCGCUGGGUGGUGUUCCUGCAGAACUGCCACAUCAUCCUUCCUCGCAAGCACCACCGCGUCCAUCACGUCUCCCCUCAUGAGACGUACUUCUGCAUCACCACAGGUUGGCUAAACUACCCUCUGGAGAAGCUGGGUUUCUGGAGAACCUUGGAGGACCUCAUUCAGGGCGUGACAGGAGAGAAACCCAGGGCAGAUGACUUAAAAUGGGCUAAGAAAGUGAAUUAACACUGAAGGCUAACUGCAUCCUACCUCAGAAACCUCUGGCUCUGCCCAGGCUUCUCGUCCCAUUUUCUUGGCUCAUUUAAAAACUGCAGUUCACGGGAUGAACAUCUAACAGUUUUUGAUGCCAUAGCUUUAAGUCUUGCACAUUUUUCUUUCCUCUUUUACAAAUCGAGGGCUUUCUGGGAUUUUUCAUAGUUCAUAGUGCUAUUUCUAACACAGGUCAUCACUUUUUAAAGUUUCUGCUAACAGUUUAUCACUUUCCAAAGGGUCUCUGAUCUUAGAACAUGUGUAGGAACCAGUGCUUUGGAGAAAAAACACUCACCUGAUUGAGGGAACUUAUAUUCACGUUUUACUCAUCACUGCUUUAUUUUCUCCAAAGAAACGAGUUGGAUGUGGAAGUCAUUGAUUCAGUCAUAGGUCUGGGUUUAUGUAGGAUUUCUCUGGAAGCGUUACCAAUGUUGAUGGCUUGUGAUCAAAUUAUAAGUAACUGUUACAUUUGUUGUUUCCUUGCACAUUUGGGUUUGGCUCUGCACACUUUCUGAUGGCUUUGUACGACAAGUGCAAACAAAAUAGGUUUAAAAAUUCACAUUGUUGUUUCUAAAACACAGCCACAUUUAUUAGUAGUUUCCUGAUCUGUUACAGAGGGAGAACCAGCAUGAGCAUAGAGCUACUAAAUAAUCUAAAUUAUGAGGAAUGAAACCAUAACGCCAUGCACUGGAAUUGGUUUUAGAUGGUUUCUGUUAGCAGUGUAAAUUCUUGGAAUCAGGAAGUCCUGGAUAAUUACACCAUCAUUUAAGGUUACGUUUGCUCUGUUGGGUAAUCCAUCAGAUGAUCAUACGUCCUCUUUGAACGCAGCUUGUUUGUUUGUUUGGCUGCUGCUAAACAUGCAGUUUUGCAGAAAAAGAGGUGGAUGCUGAUUGGUCAAGCUGCCUUACAUGCCGCAGAUGCAGUACUUUGUGUCUCUUGUUGCUUCUUUGCAGCGCUUUGGGGGUGUUGGUGGCAGUAAUGUCACUCUGGGCUUUCUGUCCCAAUUAAUCCAACACAACAGCCUCAAAGGUAUUGUGCCAGCUGUGUGUGUGUGUGUUGUUUUCAGUCCUAAGUCUUGAUAGUCUUUUGUUUUCGUCUUCUCUGUUUCUGAGCAUUACAUUCCUGAUCGGAAAUAUUGCCUCUCUGUACAUUCUUGGUACCUGUUAUACAAGCAUACUUGGUCAUGUUUUAAGGGCUUCAGAGAAAUCAGACGACCUCUCUCACACAGAUAGGAUUAUUUGGUUCAUGUUUUGGUUUUUUGUAGUGCUUCUGUGGAUGAUCUGUAAUUGUUUUGUACAGCUAGCAUCUAUGCAGUGUAAUAAGAAGCCCUUAAAUGUCUUAAUUCAUCUUGAUAGCUUUAAUGCCUUUCUUUUUUUCUAAUGGUUUACACGUUUGCUGAGUUUGAACGCUGGAGUUAAAAAGCAGUUGCCUGCAUGUAAAAAGUAAUUUCACCGAUUAAAGACGUCACUUGCAGCAGACACAAGAAUGCAUGCAGCAUGGCGGCUUGUGUGAGCUGCUCACUGGGUCGCCAGAGCACCUUUGUGUGAAACAGGUGCUGAAUCAGGAGGCUGGUGGUCUGCUCUUGAUCAAACUGAUUUCAACCGGUGUUAUAAGUUUUGCUUCGUACUUUUUGCAGUUUUGUUCUUUUCACGGCACUGAAGGCCUUAUUUCGACGGUACAUUAAUCCUUACUCGCUUUGAGUAAUACACCAUAAGAUCCUUACGGUAUAAUAACCUUGAGUAAAAAUGCGACAGUUUCGUGGUAUUCACACAGAAAGUUUAAAUAAACAUGUGAAACAUGAUCUAAUUGUUAGUUUAAUCUUACUGUAAAGAAACACACCAUAGAAUCAUAACCAAUCAAUAAAUAGGGUGUGAAUAAUGUGUUCAAAUCUAAAUAACGUAUACAUGGCAUUUGAGGAUUUUUCUGAUAACUUAUUAUCAAAAUGAAUCAAAAUACUGAUACCAUCUUUCAAGAGAAAUAAACUGAAACACUAUAGUUAAGUACAUGGGUACAAAUAGCUUUUUUACGGGUACAAAAUAGGAGGAUGUUGGGACAAAAAGGCAACAGGCCUCGUAGCCAUUUUGUACCCAUGCAACACCAUUUUGUCCUUUCCUCCUUCCUUUUGGAACCAGUAAAAAUACAUUUUGGAGAUUAAAUAAUCAAAAAUUGCAUAAAAUCUACAGUUUAAUUCAAUUAUGAAUUAUUUGAUAUUAUUUAUUGGAGCCAUAAAACCCCAUAACCAUACAGUAGACUGACGAUAUACUAAGUUACUUUAAACCCUGGGUUGUCAGAGCGGGUAAGAAUCGUCCUCCUGGCAGGUAGGAGUUAAUGCGUGGUUGACAUCAGACGUCCCACGGUAUGCGGCAUCAAUUCGUACAAGGAAAAAGUCAGGUAUGAAACGUCCAAAACUGCAGUGGUACGAAACGGCAAAGGAGUAAAAUCAGGGUAGGAACUGGUGAAGCUGACCUGGAGCCAUUUUCAACAAAACACUCAGAUUUUGAGCUUCUGGCCCCAGAUUAGUCCUGACAAAGUUCAAAACAGUGGAAGCUAACCUUGAUGUUCGCGCGGGUGGACCAGGUUGAAGGCUUGUGCCUCUGGACAAUUACUGACAGAGUUAGCAUUACAGACAAAGUUUUGCUCUCAGUUGCAUAAUAUUCCAGUUUUUCCUUCAUUUACACUUUAUUAUGUGCAAUUAUUUAUAAUAGGUCAACAGCAGGAGUAGACUGCAGACUGCAUAGUGCUUGUAGAGUGUUGUAGGACACAGCUUUGUGUGUUUUCAUGGUGUAGCAUAAGCUGGUAAUGGAAAGCAUCAUGCUUGAGCCCUGCAAAGGUUCUACUUGUGUAUGUAGCUUUUCUCAGUCAGUAUUAGGACUAUGAUGCGUAGACAGAACGUUCUGAGUAGGAAUACCGUCACUGGCUUUGCUGAUUGUUUUGGCGCGUCAGUGAGUUACAUUCACAUUUUAUAAGGACAAUCAUAAGGAUGUUUUGUGCUUUUGUAGAUCCAUAAGAUCUAGGGUAAUGACUAUACGAUAUUGAUCGAAAACGCUUAAAGAGACACAUUUAUUAGUUGUAAAGACUCACAUGACAGACAGGUUUGAACUGAAGAUUUGUGGUGAGCUCAAAGGGAACCAAAACCACCCCCUCUUGGCUUGUUGUAAGUGCUGUUGAUGUGGGUAUUCUUGUCGCUUUAUUGCGCAUAAGUUUAUUCUCCGAAUGCUCUCAGGAUUGUAAAAAAUAGCGACUCCAUUGGUAGAGGUAAGGAUAUCAUUUAAAAUGCUAAAACUAACUAAUCUUAGUUGAGAUUGAUUUUUGUUGGUCAGAGCAGGAAGUUGACUGAUGCAUUCCUGGUUUUGUGGCCAUGAUUCAACACAAUUAUAUUUGCCUUUUUCUUAUGACUGUAGAAUUUGUUUUGAUUGUUGGGUUUUAAAUUUAACUGCCUUAUGCUUCCCCUAAAGAUUUACAGUAAAUGUUGCCACCAUUGUUGGGAAUACACUAUAUUUUGCCCUUCAUGUAUGACUCACCAUUUCUCUGAGUUGGGACCCACAUGGAUGGCAAUGUUUGUUAGGGAUGCCCAUGGAGAGGAAAUUUUAGAUAUCAGAAUAAUGCCUUGAUGCCUUUUUGUUGUCUUCCAUAUGGGAGGCUUAUAAUGUAUAUAUUAAUCUGUAUUUAUAAAUAAACUGACAACCACCUGUU